AUGGAUCCAAAUCAAGAUAUAUUUGAAGAGUUGGACACAGCAAUGAUGGAAAUAUUUCAUCGGAACCACACUCUCCAUAACAAUUUCAACAACUUAUCAGAACACGAACAACAACGAACACUUGAUGAAAUGGCUGAUCUAGUUAGACAAAAUUCAUCAAACUCAUCAUCGAGUCGUCGUCGAACUAUUAGACGAUUUUAUGAAAUAACCUGGUAUUGGACAUAUUUUCCUCUUGUUGUGUUACGCUUUGAUCGAAUUUGGCAACAAGUUACAUUUACCAAUUUCCAACGAGCUAUUAGCUAUGGUGCAUUCUGUUUUGUCAAAAUGAUUCAAACUGGGUUCAGAAGUUUGAUUUUCCUAUUCGUAUUGCAAACAUACUUGCACAAUGUCACCAAUAUGAUUUUCGUCUUUUCCAACAUCAUUACAUUCAGUACCAAUUUCAUUAAGGAUUUGUUUACUUAUAUUUUCCAGGAUUCACCAAAUAUACUACAUGAUAAUGUGAUGCUCGUCACCCACGAUUACGAUAUGUUUUAUUAUUUGAAUUCAGAGGAAUAUCAAAAUGCACUGGCUUUGCAACAUUUAUGGCUAAUCUUCAAAAACUAUCGAGCUUCAUUGUUGAGAACAUCGUGCAUCACAAUAAAAAACGGCCCUUCCAACUGUGACCUAAUUACAAACUCAUUGAUUUACAGGAUGUCUGACGCCAUUAGUCAAUCAUGCCCACAGUUUUCUACAAAUACAAUCCGAUUCAUUACAGUGACGAUAUAUUUGCUAUAUGCAAUAAUAGGCAAUUUCAUUUGUCUCAAUAUAUUGUUUUUCCUACUGUAUAAUAUCAUGAGGAGGAUUGCUGGGUAUGCUAAGAUUUUCAAGAACUUGGGUCUGGUUAUUGGAUCUACUUUUGUUGAUUAUAUAGCGUAG